ACCUUCAGCAGCUGCAGAGAGCGAAGAACCGCGUGUCAAGAGGUAAAUCCACAUAUAAAUAUUUACUUAAAAAUUAUUAUAUUUUAUUACUCGAUUUCUCUAUGAAAUUUUCAUUCACAAGAAAGCAACAGUUUCUUUGUUCAACAGACAGUCUAAUUUGAAUCUUGGAAAAUUAGAUUUUCAGUAAUUUUAUUCAUACACAUGUACGUAUGUACAAUAUGAAUUUUUUCAAGAAGAAUUUAUUAAAAAUUCGUAGCAAAGACUUGUAUUUAAUUAUUAUUAGAAAAUAUAAGGAAAUAAUGAUAAUACGAAAUUUUAAUUACAACACGAAAAACAGAUGUUUAAACAGAAUUCUGCUACCGAAAAUAAUUACCUCUUCGAAUUGCAGAAAAAAAAUAUAAACAAGAUGAAGACGGUGACAUUUAUUUUCGUACUACUUGCCGCAGUAUGCGCGAUAUUUGCAUAUGUACCACCGAAUUAUGUACCAUCGCCAGGACGACGUCCGUUUCCAACGUUCCCUGGUCACGGACCAUUCAAUCCGAAAAUUAAAUGGCCAUACCCGUUACUAAGACCUGGCCACUGAUCGUCAAAUCAAGAAUCAAUCGGAUAAUUAAGUUUGAGAGAUUCGUGAUCGUACGAACUAUUAUGUGCAUCAUAUUAUAAAUCUGCAAACGUAACGACAGAUAAACAUGUGACAAAUAAGUAUUAUCUACAAUUAUACAUUGUACGAAAUAAAUUGUUAUGUUGAUUAAAAUAAAA